UUAACCUAUAUUUUAUUGUGAUCCUCAGCUACUUUUCCCCCGCCAACAACCAAGAACAAAAGACCAUCAGACCAAACUCUAUAUUUUAUAUAUCCGGAAUCCUCGUAUAUAUCUCAAUUUCCAAACCCUAAAAUCUCUCAUCUCUUUUUCUUCUUCUUCUUUUGUGACUCUAAGAAAUUUGUUGAGUUGACUCCAUGGCGUCAGUUCAGUUCAAGUUCAUUCUCCCGAUCUUCCUCGUUGCUGCUUUUCUCAUCUUACCUUCGAUUCAAGCCAAACCUGUUAAAUACUGCGAUAAGACAGGCAACAACUAUGCUGUUAAGAUCAGUGGAGUUGACAUAAAUCCAGAGCCAGUUGUUAGUGGCAAACCUGCAACCUUCAAAAUUCAUGCAUCCACUGAGCAAGAACUGCUUGGAGCAGAAUUGGUGCUAGAGGUGCGAUACUUUGGGGUCCAUGUCCAUACUGAGAAACAUGAUCUGUGUGAGGAAGCAGGAGGUGGUUGCCCCAUUAAAACGGGUGACUUCGUGAUCUCUCACUCCCAGGACUUGCCUGGAUUCACUCCACCAGGCCCAUACAGCCUCCAGAUGAAGAUGAACAGUAAAGAUGGGGAUCAGUUGACAUGCAUUAGCUUUAAUUUCAGAAUAAAGGCCGACUAUGUUGCUGAUAUUUGAGUGCCUAGAAGUCUUGCUUCUUCAACCGUAUAUCCUGUGAAAAUAUCAAUGUAAAGAUAAAUCUAGUUAUGGUUCUCUAUCUUGUGUCUGCUCCAGCAUUCCAUGCUUGUGCUAAUAUUAUGAAUACAUCUUUUAUGUUAUUCGAUAUCUUAAAAUGUGGAUCUGCAUGUAUUUUGUUCCUAGUUUUUAAAACAUAUUCUGCUGUGAGAUUAAUUUCUUUUCGUAAUAUUUAGGUUAAAGUAAAUCAAUGAAAUAAAUGGCAUGGCGGUUAGAACAUCUACUUGUAA